GGUCAGCAGGGCUCUCCCUAUAAAAAGCAAGUCGGCGGGCAACUACCAGUCAGACGACAACUGAACGUUAACUUCUUAGCUACCUAAUCAGCCAGAAAAGCUACAUUUAGAAAUGUACAAGGUUACUUUGACUCUUGCUCUUCUCCUGGCUGUUGCCUUGGCCAGGCCACAGUUUGGUGGAUUCCAGCAGCCAGGUUUUGGUGGGUUCCAACAGCCAGGCUUUGGAUUCCCAGGCUUCGGUGGUACUGGAAGUGGUGCUGGAGCCGGAACUGGUAAUGCUGGGCCAGGAGGAGUUUCUGCAUCAGGAGUUGGCAUUUCAAGCGCACAGAACGGUGGAGUCGGUACUGGUUCCGGUACUGGAACAGCUCACCUCAACGUUUUCACAGGCCAGGCUGGAGCAACUGGCCAAGGAAGUGGAAGCAGUGCCGGUAAAUAAGUCAGCAUUCAUCCUCUAAAGUCACUUCACGAGCACCACUGAUCAACCCAACAUACAUCGAUCUUGAAUUUUGUUUUCGCUUUUGUUUGUUUUCUCUUGUUGUUUGACUUUGUGUUUGACCGUGGUUGUUAAUACAGCAGUAACCCAGUA